UAGAAUGAUCAACGCCAGUUUGUUCUUAUUCAAGCAGCCAUCAAGAUGGGCAACUGGGUGGAGAAUGAAGGACUCUCAAUUUUUGUCAUUAUAGUAUGGCUGGGUUUAAAUGUCUUCCUCUUCUGGCAUUACUACUUAAUAUAUGACCUUCCGGAACAAUUCUUCUAUACAAGAGAACUUCUUGGGCCUUUCCUGGCACUUGCUCGGGCACCUGCAGCAUGUCUGAAUUUCAACUGCAUGUUGGUUCUUCUUCCAGUCUGCCGAAAUCUGCUCUCCUUCCUCAGAGGCUCAAGUGCGUGCUGCUCAGUGCGUGUCAGAAGACAGUUGGACAGGAACCUCACAUUUCACAAAUUGGUGGCCUGGAUGAUUGCACUCCAUACUGCCAUCCACACAAUUGCACAUCUUUUCAAUGUAGAAAGAUUGGUGGAUGCACGUAAUGAAAAGAACAUAACCAUUCAGGCAGUGCUGUCUGAUUUGGGUGAUCGGGAUGGUGAAACGUACCUGAAUUUUGCCCGAAAGAAAAUUCCGAAUCCUUUGGGUGGUUUCUAUGUAGCCUUCACAACCUUGGCAGGCCUCACUGGUGUUGUCAUCACACUCUGUCUAAUAUUAAUUAUCACAUCAUCUACUAAAACUAUUCGAAGGUCAUACUUCGAAGUAUUUUGGUUCACUCACCAUCUGUUUGUUAUCUUUUUUGUUGGGCUUGCCAUUCAUGGAGCUGGACAAAUUGUACGUGGACAGAUAAAAAGAAGUUUGGAUGUCCAUAAUCCAUAUAACUGUUCCAGCCAUUACACCGAAUGGGGGAAAUUACCUUCAUGUCCUAUACCACAGUUUUCUGGAAAUCCUCCUAUGACAUGGAAAUGGAUAGUGGCCCCUAUGAUUCUAUAUGCCUUUGAGAGGCUGGUGCGGUUUUGGCGAUCGCAACAAAAGGUUGUUGUCACAAAGGUUGUCACUCAUCCUUUCCAAACGUAUGAGCUCCAGAUGAAGAAGAAGGGCUUUAAGAUGGAAGUUGGGCAGUACAUUUUUGUCCAAUGCCCCACAGUGUCCAUGCUGGAGUGGCACCCUUUCACACUGACUUCUGCACCUGAAGAGGACCACUUCAGCAUUCACAUACGUGUUGUAGGGGACUGGACAGAAAAACUAUUUAAUGCCUGUGGAUGUGACAAACAAGAAUUCCAGGAUGCCUGGAAAUUGCCCAAGAUAGCUGUAGAUGGUCCCUUUGGUACCGCUAGUGAAGAUGUAUUCAGUUACGAUACCGUGAUGUUGGUUGGAGCUGGCAUUGGCGUUACCCCUUUUGCAUCAAUCCUCAAGUCUGUGUGGUACAAAUACUGCAAUGAUGCCAUUAACCUAAAACUCAAGAAGAUCUAUUUUUACUGGCUCUGCAGAGACACCCACGCAUUUGAAUGGUUUGCUGACCUCUUGCAAUCACUGGAGAAUCAAAUGCAGGACAAGGAUAAUGCAGGAUUCCUCAGCUACAACAUCUAUCUUACUGGCUGGGAUGAAUCUCAGGCCGCUCAUUAUGCAGUGCAUCAUGAUGAAGAGAAAGACGUGAUCACAGGCUUGAAACAGAAAACCCUAUAUGGUAGACCAAAUUGGGAGAAUGAGUUCAAAACAAUCUCAAGUCAGCAUCCAAGUUCCAGGAUUGGUGUUUUCCUGUGUGGACCUGAAGCCUUGGGUGAUACCUUAAAUAAGAUGUGUAUUAACAAUUCAGCUGCUGACCCACGAGGAGUACACUUCAUAUUCAACAAAGAAAAUUUUUGAACAUAUGUGUACCACAAAAGAAAGAAAGAAAGAAGUGAGAAAACCUACCUUUUCUCCUUUUUUUUAGAGUUUGGGCACUAUAGGUCUUAAUUUUGCUACAGCAAAUUCUUUUCUCUCUGGAAUUUUGCUAAAGGUUCCAGGUCGGCUUGCACUGGCUUCUGCAUCGUGUAUAAUUUUGCAGAACCCCAUUCUUCAUGUUAGACUAUCAUGGUCUGCAAUCCUAAAACAACGAAUAACACUCACUGAACUCAAAAGGACUUACAGUAGUGGACAUGCAUAGGAUUGAACCCUUAAAUGGAAAGUUCUAUCCUCGUGUCCUCCAGCAUGAUUCUUUUGGGUGUACAAAGCCACCUCCAGCAUCACCUCUAUCUGUUUAUAUAGAUCAACACUGCAUUUUUAAAUGCUUUAAUGAUCACUCUGGAAUAUUCCAUUUCUUUCAGUGCCACCACACACUCUCCAGCUAGUGCAGAAGACAUUUCUCCAUUGGUCUAUGUCAGAGUGGCCAUACUGCCCUAAGACUGGACUGAUCUGUAUUCCUCUCGUAACAUGUUUGAUAAGUCUGACAGUGUGUUACCUCUUUUUCUGCAUUACCUGCUCUAUGGCCAGUUUCUUCACAGUCCAUCCCCUUUUCCUCCAUUCACCAGUGCAACUGACAAGGCCAGGGAAAAGCUUGACAUUUUUCACCAGUAUGUGUUUUUCUUUAAAAUGUCAUUUAUAUGUACACCAGCACAAGCACAUAUCAACAUAUUAAAAUGGCUAUUAAUAGCUGCCAAAGAGAAACUUCUGUUUAGGGAGAGGAGAUUAAUGAAGGAAAAAAAGCUAUUCACAAAUAUGCACAACUCUAUAAACAACAUGGUGGGUGAAGGACUGAAAAUGACCUUCAAAUAGAAUGCACUGGGCCACAGCUUCCACAAAAGACACAGGAAGGCUGAAGUGCAAUUGUAAAUCCUCCUUAACUGAAUAACCAUCAAUCAAUUUGUGAAAAAUCCGGAUAUAAGCAUAUUUCUGUCUUUCAUACAUGCAUACCAACAGCAGAAGAGAACCUCAAAAGCACUUUAAGUGCCACAUUAAAAACAACAACAUCCAAUGCUGUUAAAGAAAAUAGUUCCCAAGAAAAUAAUGCUUAAAAUGCGGUUUAUGUUGUUUCAGGGAGAAGGGAGAAGGGAUGGAUGUAGGGAUGAACAAACCUGCUUAAUCCAGCAGGGUAGUUGCUGCUAGCAGCUUUGUGUGUGGAAAAUUUCACUUCCCCAUUUGACAUCCUAAUUACUUUUCUAAAAGGGAUUUUCCAGGUCUUUUAGUUGUUCUUAAGAAAUGGUGAAUAAUUGCUGUAAUGUGAUAUGUAAUGCUGUAAUGUGAUAUGUAAUGCUUUAUUUUCAAGUACAUUAAAUUAGCAUAUUACGUA